ACAGCGGCGGCGUGGCGAGGCCUUGCGACGGGAGAGCGGAGCGGAAAGGAGAGCCCCGCGCCGUCCUCCGGGGUAGGAAGAGGCGGAGGAACCUGCUGCUUGGUGUGCUGAGGACGGCGGGGAGGGCGAGUCACCCGGCAACGAUUAACUGCUGAAGUACUGAUCGAGUUCUGCUAUUCUUCAAUGAGGAACUACAGGCUGAUCUUUUGCCAUAAUCUUAAACAACCAUAAAUGACAAAAGAAUGCUUGGUCAGUGAGGGCAGCUGGCGCAGAAAACGUUUUUCAAACUCGGCUGUUUAAGUACUCUGAGAAAAGACAGCUUUGAUUUUUGGCUGCAAAAAGAUAUGAGGAAGAGCUCCUCCCCUUCCUUGAGUAACUGCAACUCUGUUCUUGCUAACAAAAUAUUUGGAAUUCCACUUGAUGAGCUGCAGCAAGAAGGGCAACCAGACAAUGAGGUUCCAUUCAUAGUCCGCCAUGUGGUGGACUAUAUUGAGGAACAUGGGGGUCUGGAACAAGAAGGACUUUUUCAAGUCAAUGGGAAUGCCGAGACAGUGGAGUGGCUUCGGCAGCGAUAUGAUAAUGGAGAAGAUGUGGACCUGGUUAAAGAAGCAGAUGUACCCUCAGCUAUCAGCCUUCUUAGGUUUUUUCUUCAAGAACUUCCAGAGCCAGUCAUCCCUGGCAGUUUGCACAUACAUUUAAUGCAACUUUCUCAAGAUUAUAAUAACGAAGAUGAAUUUGGAAGAAAGUUGAGGUUCCUCUUGCAGCAGCUUCCACCUGUUAAUUACAGUUUGUUAAAGUUUCUGUGUAAAUUUUUAGCUAAUGUAGCAUCUCAUCAUGAAGAAAUCUGGUCAGCGAGUUCUUUAGCUGCAGUCUUUGGCCCGGAUGUUUUUCACAUUUACACAGAUGUGGAGGAUCUGAAAGAACAAGAACUAGUGAGCAGAAUAAUGGCGGGGCUUCUGGAGAACUACUAUGAAUUCUUUGAAAAUGAAGAGGAAGAUUUUUCAUCCACCAAUGAUUUAAGCUCAAUAACUGAGCAGAUCAAUGAUCUCUUGGAAGAGGAGGAAGAUGUAAAGCUUGAGCAGUCUGAAGAACUUCCAGAAGAUGGCACAGAGAAACCUGUUGAAAGGCCAGCUGUGGUGCAUCUAGAUAUGACAGGGAGUCUCUCGGAUUCCAGGAGUGUUACAGCAUCAACAAGUGCUCACAUCUCUCCCAUAAGUAUCUUGCCAGCCUCUGCAGACAUUUUAGAGAGAACAAUCAGAGCAGCUGUGGAACAGCACCUUUUCGACCUGCAGAGCAGCUUAGAUAACGAUCUUAAACACAUACAGCAACACAGACUGGGCUGUAACAAUGAAGCAAACGAUCCCAGCAGGGACGAGGAAGGAUCUAACAACCAGAAUGAUGUUAUUGAAGAUAAUGACACUGGUAGCAGUGAGAACACAGGAGACUGCUCUGAAGUACUGGUUUGCACUGAUUUAGACAGUGAAGCUAUGAAACAUGAUACUGUAACUGAGGAAGAAGAAAGCGUUCAGGUACCAGCCCUUCCUUCUGCUCAGGCUGCAGAUGUAUUAUUGAAAACAUGUGAUGAAGAUGCAGAUGUUGAUGGAGAAAAUAAUAGUGAAGGGCAAAAUAGUAUAUUGCUUGGUGGCAAUGAUAGCAUAUCUUCAGAGAUGUUUCUGGAUUCAAGUAACAAGGCUUGUGAUCUUAAUGCAAAUACUGAUUCAGAGAUGUUGGGGGAUGGCAACAUUAAUGUUUCUGAGGAAGCUCUGAGUGUCCAAGUACCACGUCUAGAUCUGAAGAAUGUGUCUGAUGGUGACAAAUGGGAAGCGCCAUGCCCUAUCACUUUCCCCCUCAUUGAUUUCAAAACAAUGCAUCUGCAGAGAGAAGGGGAGGAUCCUUUUCCUGCUUUCAAGUCUUGGCAGGAGGACAGUGAAUCUGGAGAAGCUCAGCUUUCCCCACAGGCUGGAAGGAUGACUAAUCAUCCCUUGGAAGAGGACUGUCAUCCGAUACUGUCACAUCGGAGCCUGGAUUUUGGGCAAAGCCAGCGCUUCUUACAUGAUCCAGAAACCUUAGAUUCAUCAUCCAAAGCACUUUCUUUUGUUAGAACACGAAGAGCAUCCUUUAGCUCAAAAGAUGACAAAAAGGAAGACAAGACACCUUAUCAGCUUGUCAAGAAAUUGCAGAAAAAAAUAAAGCAAUUUGAGGAACAGUUUGAAAAAGAGAAAAACAGUAAGCCCUCCUAUAGUGAUAUUGCAGCCAACCCAAAAGUUUUAAAGUGGAUGACUGAACUUACCAAACUGAGAAAGCAAAUAAAAGAUGCAAAGCAGAGGAGCUCAGAUGGAGAAUUCAUACCUCAAACACGUCCACGAAGUAACACUCUUCCAAAAAGUUUUGGUUCCUCUCUUGACCAAGAGGAUGAAGGAAAUGAAGAUGAGAUGCAGGUUGUGCAGAAAGAGAAGAAGCCCACCAAGGAAGCCACACUUGAACUCAUUUUGAAAAGGUUAAAGGAAAAACGAGUUGAGAGAUGUUUGCCAGAAGAUAUAAAAAAAAUGACAAAGGACCAUUUGGUAGAAGAGAAAACAUCUCUCCAGAAGAGCCUCCUGUAUUACGAAAGUCAACAUGGGCGGCCGGUUACUAGAGAAGAAAGACAUAUUGUGAAGCCACUUUAUGACAGAUACAGACUUGUAAAACAAAUGUUAACUAGAGCAAGCAUUACUCCUAUUCUUGGCUCACCAUCAACCAAGAGGCGGGGGCAGAUGUUACAGCCCAUUAUUGAAGGUGAAACUGCCCAUUUCUUUGAAGAAAUUAAGGAAGAAGAGGAGGAAAGUGAUGGUUUGUCUGCAGACCUGACCGAUAUCCUAAAAACUGCUGUCCAGACGCAGCCUGUUUUAAGCCCAGUUGAAAACUCCGAGUCUGAUGUUGAAGAUGGUCAAGAGAAACUGACCCGGGACCUUCGGCUGUCAAGCACCCGUGCUGCUUCCAUGCCUGAAUUGUUGGAGCAACUGUGGAAAGCCCGAGCUGAGAAAAAGAAGCUACGCAAGACACUACGAGAGUUUGAAGAGGAGUUUUAUCAGCAGAACGGAAGGAACGUACAGAAAGAAGAUCGGGUUCCAAUGCUUGAUGAGUACAGGGAGUACAAGAAACUCAAAGCCAAGCUUAGGCUGUUAGAAGUCCUUAUCAGCAAGCAAGAUUCUUCAAAAUCAAUUUAACUUAUAUUCCUCCAACCCAUUGAAUAACAUGAUGUUUCCAUAUACUACCACUGUACUUAUUGGGUGCUUGUGUUCAUUUGUCAUGCACUGUUGAAAGAAUCAAGUUUGUGCACUUUAUUGUGGUGCCACUCUAAGGUGUUUGAAGGGUAAAUAGGUCCUGUCUAGAGAGCAAGUAAGAUUUCUAAGUUUGAGACUGCUCUAUCCAACUUUAGCAAACACAGUUUCCAGCAGAGUUUUGUCAAACAGAUGCAUCCAUCUUAUUCCAAAACCACCACAGCUUUGGGGUUCUUUUAGCAUUCAAGAACUGUGAGACUUUUGUUAUUACCAACUUUUUGCAUUCUUGAAGAAAUUCUUAAUACCAUAAUGCUACACUGAACUAUUUUUUAUUGGGGGGGUGGGGGGGGGGGGGUGGAACAUCAGCAAAUUAAACGUACUGCUCUUUUUCCUUGGAACUUUAAAAAGCCAGACUGAAAUUCCUUUUCCAAAGGACUGCUGUGGAACAACUUUAAGCUUUGGUUUUCUAAAUUGCACCCGUAACACAGUAAUAAUUAACCUCUAAUGGAUAUUGCUCAGUACUGGUCACGUUUCCUCCUUGAUAAAGAUGACAGUGGACAAACCAGAAAGUGACCUUCCUUAGUGUCUUUUAAAACUUGGAAAACUGACAAGUUAUAUCACACGCUGCCUACAGGACUUACAUUACUGUUGUUCAUGUUCUCAUUUUAUGGGUUAUUGUUUCUCAACUAGUGGUGACAUAGUGUUUUGUCUGAAUUGGAUACUGCAUCUCCACUUUGAGAAGAUAAGAGGAGCAUAAGGAACAUUGCAGUGCAUGGGAAAUCUGAUGGCGCUCCAGCAGGAAGGAGCUGGCUUAGGACAGUUAAAAUUCCACUGUACCUGAACUAAGUUGUGGUAUCAAGGGCUAAAAUCAGUGUAGUGAAUGCGCACCACAGGGUGAACUGUUGGGUUUGAGUGAAAAAGUGACUGCUGUUUCUCACAGUUUUGUUUUACAGUUGGAGAAUAAAACUAAGUUAUCUAACCCUUACAAUGUAAGCAAAACAGUUUAUGGGCCUUGCAUGAUUUAGCUUCAGAGUUGAAACUAAAUGUUUUUAAGUAUCACAUCUGCUGCGCUGAAUGAUGAUUUAGCUACUAGAUUUAUGCUCCGCAACAGCCAUCAGCAGCUGGUUUUGGAUCUGGCAAAAUCUAAAUGUUAAUUUUUAACUGGUGCUUUCUCAGUUCCUUUUCUUUUUCCUUCAGUGUAUGGGUUUGAUUGUGGCCACGUUUUGCAUGCACCUACUCGCACUGCAUGUUUUUAUGACUGGCUAAUGUCAACGCAGCUACUGUUCACACUGCUUUCUGAAAGACCAAAAAUGAACUUUCUCACCACAGAGAAGAAAUGGCUAGCGUGUAACCUCAUAGACUUGCUGUUCUGUCAUGAAGCAUAUGAAAUAGGUUGGAAGUAGGAUUUUUAGUGCUCAGAUUUCAUCUGUGUACUGUAGAAUACUUCUCGUUUUGUUUUACUCUGCUUGUAGGCAUGGAAUUUUGGAAUUCAGCAAAAGAAAAAGCACUAAAACUAUUGAGCACUGAUGAUAUGCCUUUGCUUUGGUUAUUUUUUAAUUGCAAAAUGAUCUGGGACCUUAGAGAAUGAUGAGGUUAAACUAGUCUUGAGACCAUUUCUCAAUUUCAUUCAGUUCCAUUGUGCAAUGUACACUUCAGUUACUUUUCUAUCAGUCUGCAGACACGGGUGUAUCCAAACAUUGAAACUAAUGUGUACUGUAUAGUGUUGUACAUGAAUGUUUGUGUUUUAUAUACCACAUGCAAAAUGUCAAUAUGCACUAUUUAAAUGUUUUAAAUAAUAUAUUCCUCCUUUAUAAUGCUUAAAUCUAUAUGAUUCCAAUAUUUUUAUAAGUGAGUGAGUGAUCAGACUGGUUCCAAUUCAGAAUUAACAGCUGCUUUGUGUUUGUUAUGCAGUGUUUGGCUGUUUAUUCAGUAUAGUAGAUAAGCAUGGCAACAGUUAUGCUGAGUGUGUUUUGUGCCAUCCUUGUUGAGCAAUAAAUAAAUGGUAGAACUAGGCAUUUUGUGAUAUAACAGGUUUACUUUGGUAAAAACAGAACGCUAUAUAUCUAUAUGGAUAUAUAGAUAUGGAAUAUAUAUAACUAAACCAGAUAUAAUUGCAUUGCUAUGUCUGGUGCUCAUUGUAUAGACUUUUAUAAUAAAAGUACCUUAACCUUUA